UGAGUAGAGAGAGAAAGAGCCAUAGAAGUAGAACUGGGACAGCUCUUUUAGCUACAUAGCCGACUCUGUACUCUGUCUCUCUCUUCUCUCUCUGUAUAUCUCAUGGCUGGUUGCACUUUUUCUUCGGACGAUAUCGUAAUCAAGUCUCCGAAUGAUAGACGAUUAUACAGAUUAAUCAAGCUCGAGAAUGGCCUCUCUGCAUUGCUUGUUCACGAUCCUGAGAUUUACCCAGAAGGGCCGCCUGAACACUCCAAGUUCCUUGAACACAGCGAAGCUGAAGAGGAGGAAGAUGAGGAUGAGGAUGAUGACGAGGAUGGAGCGGAAGGGGAAGAUAGUGAAGGAGAGGAUGAUGAUGAAGAGGACGAUGAAGAAGAUGAAGAAGAUGAAGAAGGAGAGGGCGGAAAUGGUGAACUGAAAAAGAAGGGAAAGGGUGGUGCUUCUCAGACUAAGAAGGCAGCAGCAGCAAUGUGCGUAGGCAUAGGCAGCUUCUCUGACCCGUUCGAGGCACAGGGGCUUGCUCAUUUUCUAGAACAUAUGCUCUUCAUGGGGAGUACAGAGUUUCCAGAUGAAAAUGAGUAUGAUAGUUAUUUGUCCAAGCAUGGAGGGUCAUCAAAUGCAUACACAGAAGCAGAGCAUACCUGCUACCAUUUUGAAGUGAAACGGGAGUUUCUUAAGGGUGCGUUGAGAAGAUUUUCUCAGUUCUUUGUUUCACCCUUAGUGAAAAAUGAAGCCAUGGAGCGAGAGGUACAGGCUGUAGAUUCAGAGUUUAACCAGGCCUUGCAGAAUGAUUCUUGCCGCCUUGAACAACUCCAAUGCCAUACAUCAACACCUGGUCACCCAUUUAAUAGGUUCUCUUGGGGAAAUAAGAAGAGCUUGGUUGAUGCAAUGGAAAAAGGGAUCAACUUGCGUGAACAAAUACUAAAAUUGUACAGAGAUUAUUACCAUGGUGGACUAAUGAAGCUAGUUCUCAUUGGUGGAGAAUCUCUUGAUGUACUUGAGGAUUGGGUCGUGGAAUUGUAUGGUAAUGUCAAAAAAGGUCCCCAAGUAAAUCUGGAGUUCAAGGCGGAAGGUCCUAUCUGGAAAGCUGGAAAACUUUAUAGGCUAGAGGCUGUUAAAGAUGUUCAUAUACUCAACUUAACAUGGACAUUUCCUUGUCUUCAUCAAGACUAUUUGAAGAAACCAGAAGAUUAUUUAGCUCAUCUUCUUGGACACGAGGGCCGGGGAAGUUUGCAUUUUUACCUCAAAUCUAGAGGGUGGGCAACAUCUCUGUCUGCUGGUGUUGGGGAUGAAGGGAUGCACCGAUCUUCUGUGGCCUAUGUCUUCCGCAUGUCCAUACACCUCACUGACUCUGGAUUGGAAAAGAUUUUCGAAAUAAUUGGCUUUGUCUAUCAAUACAUUAAGUUACUGCGUAAAGUGUCUCCACAAGAAUGGAUAUUUAGGGAACUCCAGGAUAUAGGGAACAUGGAAUUUAGAUUUGCGGAGGAGCAGCCCCAGGAUGAUUAUGCUGCAGAACUUGCAGAAAAUUUACUACUUUAUCCAGCAGAAAAUGUUAUUUAUGGGGACUAUGUGUACAAGAUUUGGGAUGAUGAACUGAUAAAAUAUGUUCUUGGUUUCUUCACACCACAAAACAUGAGAGUUGAUGUGGUAUCAAAGUCAUCAAUUAAGUCAGAAGAUUUCCAGUGCGAGCCUUGGUUUGGCUCACAUUAUACUGAGGAAGAUAUAUCCCCAUCUUUAAUGGAUUUGUGGAAGGAUCCUCCAGAAAUUGAUGUCUCAUUGCAUCUCCCCUCAAAGAACGAGUUUAUUCCUUGUGAUUUUUCCAUCCGUUCUGAUAACUCGUGUCUUGAUCCUGCCAAUAUAUCUUCUCCAAGGUGUAUAAUUGAUGAACCAUUAAUUAAGUUCUGGUACAAGCUUGAUAACACCUUUAAACUUCCGCGGGCAAAUACAUACUUCCGCAUCAAUCUGAAGAGUGGAUAUGCCAAUUUGAAGAGUUGUGUUUUGACUGAAUUAUAUAUUCUCCUUCUUAAAGAUGAGCUGAAUGAGAUUGUAUAUCAGGCCAGUGUUGCCAAGCUGGAAACUUCUGUAUCUUUGUUGAGUGACAAACUGGAGCUUAAGGUCUAUGGUUUCAAUAAUAAGCUUCCAGCUCUCUUGUCCAAAGUUUUGGCAACAGCCAAAAGUUUCUUGCCAACAGAUGAUCGUUUUAAGGUUGUUAAAGAAGAUAUGAAACGAACAUUGAAGAACACCAAUAUGAAGCCUUUGAGUCACUCAUCAUACUUGAGGCUGCAAGUGCUGUGUCAGAGUUUCUAUGAUGUAGAGGAGAAGUUGCAUGUUUUAAAGGAAUUGUCUAUAUCUGAUUUGAAGUCAUUUAUUCCCGAGCUUUGUUCCCAGCUAUACAUCGAGGGCCUUUGCCAUGGCAAUUUGUUCGAAGAAGAAGCAAUUAGCCUGUCAAAUAUAUUUAAAAUGAAUUUUUCCAUCCAACCACUUCCUAUCGAAUUGAGGCAUAAAGAACAUGUUAUUUGUCUUCCCCCUGGUGCUAACCUGACUAGAGAUGCCAGUGUGAAGAAUAAGUCGGAUACGAACUCUGUGAUUGAGCUGUAUUUUCAAAUUGAGCAGGAAGUGGGCAUUGAGUCCACCAGAUUGAAAGCAUUGAUAGAUCUUUUUGAUGAAAUUGUAGAGGAACCACUUUUCAAUCAGCUAAGGACGAAGGAGCAGCUUGGAUAUGUUGUUGAGUGUAGCCCACGGGUAACAUACCGUGUUUUUGGCUUUUGUUUCUGUGUUCAGUCGUCUGAGUACAACCCAAUCUACUUACAAGGGAGAGUUGACAACUUUAUAAAUGGUCUGGAAGAAUUGUUGGAAGGGCUUGAUGGUGAUUCAUUUGAGAAUUAUAGAAGUGGGCUAAUGGCUAAGCUAUUGGAGAAAGAUCCAUCCCUCACAUAUGAAACCAAUAGAUAUUGGAAUCAGAUUAUUGAUAAAAGGUAUAUAUUUGACUUGUCAAAAAGGGAAGCCGAAGAACUCGGAAGCAUUGACAAGGAGGAUGUUAUCAACUGGUACAAAAUGUACUUACAACAAUCAUCUCCGAAGUGUCGUAGGCUUGCGAUUCGCGUUUGGGGUUGCAACACUGACCGGAAAGAGGCAGAAGCACGAUUGGAGUCUGUGCAAGUCAUUGAAGACCCUGCUACCUUUAAGAUGUCAUCGAGGUUCUAUCCUAGCAUUUGUUGAAAAUAUGGACCAGCUUUGAUUACUUGAUAAAAAUUGAACCGUUAGAAACGAAGGCCUCAGUUUUGACCGGGCUGUAUGCAGGUCAAUAUGACCACCUGGAAGAGGAAAAUGAAAAUCAAGAAUAUUUACCAUUAUAUUGGGAUUAUACAUGCAUUCAUGUACAAUUACAUUCAUUUCAAUAUUAAUAAAUUAUUAAUAAAGUGAAUUUUGUGGUAAGAAUCA